AUGGAACUUGGCGUAACAAAUAUAUUCCUGGUGAACCUGUCGGCAGCCGACCUGCUGGUGACGAGCAUCUGUAUGCCCAUCCAGCUCAGCAAAGCCAUCACCCUCGUGUGGUUCUACGGGGAGACGGUCUGCAAGAUUGUUAACUAUAUACAAGGAGUAGCAGUAGCUGCCAGUGUGUUCACAAUCACAGCAAUGUCAGUGGAUAGAUGGCUAUCCAUCUCCCCCGAGCCUCGGCUGAGGCCACCGGGGAGAAAGCAGGCGUUACUCCUAUUACUGUUACUGUGGUGUGCAGCACUACUCAUCUUCAUUCCUUUGCUGAUGGUGGCCACGGUCAGGCGAGAGCCAGUGCCUAUUAUUUCAAAGGCUUUAAGGAAUAUAUCGAUAGAAACGAGAGACGUCCACUUCUGCACGGAGGAGUGGCCCGGGCUGGAUCGCAAGAAGCAGUUCGGGAUGCUCAGCUUCACACUAGUUUACGCUAUACCUGGUUCAAUAACAAUAAUGUCGUACGCUUGCAUGGGGCGCACGCUGUGCUCGGUGCGGCCGCCGUUCGACAUCGACGAGGGCAACGUCAGCAUGCAACAGGGUCUAAGACUGAUGAAGGAGAGGAAGCGAGUGGCAUGGAUCCUGUUACUGCUGGCAGUGCUGUUCGCAAUGUGCUGGAUGCCGUACAACAUCAUGCAACUCCUGCUGGAUGUCAAUCUAGUCAAUGCUAAGGAUCUCAGCAUGUUUCUGCCGUAUGCACUUUUCAUUGGUCACGCAAACUCAGCAAUAAACCCCAUAGUAUACUGCUUGAUGACGAGGAACUUCCAGCGAUCAGCUCGCAAGCUGCUCUGCGGCCGCGGCGUCUGUCAACAGACCAACUUCACGUGGCGUUGUGCUCAGAAGCCAGAAGGUUCUUCUAGUGACUAUGAGUUGUACCACGAGCCUCACAAAAGAUGUUAUUUACAGAUGCACAAUCUCCGCUACAACGGACACGCAUACAACACCCACAUCCCCCGCGGCAUCGAGACUCGUGCGCAGACGACACAGCUGAGCCACGUGACGCGCUCCUCUCGACGCACGGCGCCCGCGCACGCACUCUCCGUCGAAAUGCUGCAGAGACACGGACUUAUCGACUUCAAACGUUGAUAUUAAGUACUGACGCUUUGAAGUGAGUGAUUUUUAUGAAGUGAUAAUUCUGUGACUUGUAAGUGAGGUUGAUAACAUGGAGAACAAAGAACUAGCGGAGGUGCCAUAACGGAAAAUCGUUUAAGAAAGUAACGCGCCAAAAUGCGGGUGAGCGGGGGCACAGCACGUUACUGUUUUUGCCCUAAUACGCCGUCUUUGGACUCCACCAUUUAUUGUAACACCAAUAUUCGUUGACAGAUGACUCAAAGAAUGUGAACGCCUCAUUAGUUCACUCGUAACUGAUCGUUUUCUCGAUACCCGCCGUACGAACUUGAUCUGGAAAAAAGCACCUGACCCACCUGCAUUAUGUCAUCUCCGCUCAUCUUCCCUUACUCCGUGGUUGAUAAGCUUUUUAUAUAACGAAGUUUAGUAUACGAGUUUUUUAACACACGGUCUCAUGUUUUCCAGUAAGACAUACUACUUUGUACCUAUUAACGUGCUAUAAUUGUUUUGACUCAAAAAUUGUUUAUAUUUCCCAGAUAUAUCGAUAUAAUGGUUGCUUAUGGUUUCUGUAAACAGCUAUGAAGUCUGCUGUAUAAGUAAUUAAAAUACAGGGUGUGAUAUAAUAUAAAAUUAGGAUUUGGACAUAGCAUUUAUGUCGAUCUUUAAUAAAAGUAAUAUUUAAAGCAACGUUACACAUCUUUCUUUAAAAUUUAUAACACUCAAAAGCUUAAUGUAUAUACAGAAAUUAAAUACUUUUUCACCUAUAGAUACGAAUUUAAAUUUAAGACGAAAAUUACGUAGGCCAGAACAUCUUUAAUCCGAUAAUUUGUAACCGAAUGUUCAUUAUAUGCAUUAAAAUACGUACCUAAAUAUUUAACAACAAUGGAGUUUUUCCAAUUCAGAUUUUCUUUUGAUGCCGUUCCUCAACAAUUUAUUUUUAAUCUCAGAGGCUCUAUGACAUCGUCUUGGGAGAUGAUCUAAUUGUCUUGUAGGUUUUGAUUAAAAAACAUUUUUUUUUUGUCUUUCGCAUUUUUUACAGUUUUGGAAAAUAUCCCCGAGAGUAACGCAUUUGUUAUAUAAACAUUUCAUUGAGAUAAUUAGUGUUAUUUUUAGCGCAUGAAUUUUAUUUUUUUAUUCCUACUCAAUAAGUAAAUACAUAUGUACCAAGAAGACACCAUAAAAUAUUUUUUAUUCUAGAAAGUUCUUAUAUAACGGGCUUCAUAUUAUAAACAAGCUAUUAAAGUUAAAGGUUCGUAGGAAAAAUAUCAGAAGAUCGGACCAAAUGUAAAUAAAAUAAAUAAACUUGUAUAUAAUAUUUUUACUAUGUAUCUAAAUGUUUACUUAUAAGUUAGUCUAAUUGAUGUUAGAUGUUUUUAUAUUCAAUGUGAUACUAAUAUAAAAAAUUACGAUGAAUAAAAUUACCAACUUAUUA